AUGAUCGAGAUGAUUAUGUGUAUGUGUCCAAAAAUUCGAAGAUAGAAAAUUAUCGUAUUUUGAUGAGAAUUUUCAUUUUACUGUCAAUUUAUAAAACUAUGCAGUGAAAUCAUUAUAUCCGUUCGGUUGCGAUCAGUUUCGAAGGCUCUGCAGCAUCAGCGGAGAAUGUUCAUGUAUCGAAAUGUUUGUUAAAAUGCAUCGGGUAAUGUGUUUGCUGGUUACUGCUCUACUAAUUUUACUGCAGAUUUCAUGUCAGAAUAAUGUAGAAAAGCAGUUUUUAUGCAAGAAUGAAGAAUGUUCGGAGCCAAUGGGUGAAUUCAGAGUCGUCAAGAAGUAUAAUCCUAAUUCACUGGGGAAAGUAGGAGCGAAUGCCAGAGAUAAAGGUGUUAUUCUAGCCAAACCUGAAGAUAGAAGCACUGGUUUAUUGAAAGUGAAGAUUAAUGAUGAAAUUGGUUUCUUCCCCUUACAUUUCGUCAAGAUACUCAAGGAAGAAAAAGGGAAUAUCGCGGUCAAAUUGGCCAUUCCAGUGAAUUCCGGUUCUAGUGAUGUCCUGUCUACGCUUGAUCCUUAUAAAGAAAAGGAAAAAAGUACCAGGUUAAACGAUGCAUCGGUUUCCGAUAUCCAAACCGAUGAAAUAAAUUCUACUGAUAGUUUACCUAAUUCUGAAAGCAGUUACAGCGAGUCUACUCCGUCUGUUGUUGAAGAUUCUUCAAAUAAAAAUGAGAAACCGAUUCCGCCUACUCUUGAUAAACACUCUACUCAAGAUCAUGCCGCGUCAGAACCACUUAAUAAUGAUCAAAGGAAUGAAGACACUGGCAGUUCUAAUAAGGAUUCCUCGUAUGGUCAGCAAAAUGUUGUCGAAGAAUCGCAAAAUGAGACCGUAAGUCAAGAAAAAGAAGAACAAGUUCUAUCAGAUAUUCUUUCGAAAUUAGAACAUACUUCAGCCGAAGGUAAUGAAUCGACUGCUGACGUUGUUUCUGUGAAACUCGGAAACACUUCAACAGAAGUUAAUGAAUCAGAAACUGUAAAUGUUAUUGAAGAGUCUGAAAAUAUUACCGAAAGUUCAAGUAAUAUCAUUCACGAUACAAUUGAAAAUUCAACUCAAGCAAUACACGAGGAAAAAGAAAACAUCAAUAUUUCGGUUGAAAGUGUUACGGAAACGUCUUCAAAAAUUCAAAGCGAUGCUCACGUAAAUGAGAUUUCAAAUAGCUCCGAGUCAAUAUCAGGUACCAUCGAAUCCCUAAACGAUUCCAUAAGGACAGAUAUAAAUCUGAAAAAUAUUCAAAACGAAAGUCUGUCUCUUGAAAAAGACACCACUGCGGGUAGUCUUCCAAAAGCCGAGAAUCCUAUCGAUCCCAUUGAGAAUCUCGUUCAGAGUUCUGGCGCUGUGAAAGAAGAUCAUGUUACGUCUUCUUCUGAUAAAGUUGAAGCUGACGCCAACACAAGCUCUGAAUUAAACUUUUCUAGUCUGAAUGUUGAGCCGCAAAAUAGUUCUGCUACAGCCGACGUAUCCAGUAAUACUGAAGCAGACGUACAACAAAAACCAGACGGUCUUGAAACCGAUCAUAUUGCAUCCGUUUCAAAGGAAGUUCAACCCGAUAACGAAACAAGUCCUGAAUCCAACUUUCAACUUCCUCCUGCUCCUCCCACAAUGCGAAGCUUUCCAGACAAUGAAGAGUCACUCGUUUCGAAGGAAUCUGAGAUAUCUAUUGACGAGGUUAUAAAUGUAGCUCGGUCGGAUAAUCAGAACAUCACUUCUGAAGGAGCUGAUCUUGCCAACACUACACUUGAUCACGAACCGAACAGUACCGAAAGUGAUCAUGUUACUGAAGCGAAUCUACAACACCAUUCAGCCACUCCCGUAGCAGCACCUUAUGAAAUCCCGCCGCCUCCUCAUAUUGAAACGACUACAGAAACAGAUCAAAAUAAGCUACCUAUCGAAUCAGUGAAAAAUAUCGAAUCAAACGAAUCCAUUCCGACUGAAUCAUCGCCUAUUGGAUAUAGCUCUCCGGUCUCGGAAGAUACUGCACCGUCUGAAGUACCAGAGCCCUAUCAAUACAUUAAAACACAACCGUAUCCAUCUCUAUUUUCUAAUAUCGCUACAGAAAAUCAACCUGCUGUUACCGAAAAAAUUGAUCAAGUUUCUUCGCAAGAAAUUAUUGAAGACGAUCCUAAAUCGGUUGAACAAAUGAGUGAACAAGCGUCAAGUGAAUCUGUUGCCGUACCAGUUGGCAUUGGGCAAAAACAAGGAUUGAAUGAUUUUAUCCACUCGCCUCGGAAAGAAAUCCAUGAAAAUGUACCUGAAAAUGUACCUGCAGAAUCUGUCAAUGUUCCAGAAACUCUCGAAGAAAAAUCUGUUUACGAAACAAUCCAGGAGUAUUUGCCUGACUUUGGCGUUCUAUUAUACAGUUUUUACGAAACGUCAAAAAGUUUUUUCGUUUCGCAACCAUCCUCUCAAACAGAAAGCAUCGAAACUGAAUCUUGUUCUGCAGACCAAUUCUGUGGCACUGAUCGUUUGAAUAGUCCUAUGGAUAAACCUGAGCACUCCGAAAGUGAAACUAUUUACGAAAUACCUCUGUUGGGUGUGGUGAAUAGAGAUCAAAUUACGUUGGUAUCUGGAAUCCUGACAACAGUAUUUUUGGCUACAAUUUUACUAUGGUGGCUGAUGAAUUACUUUACUAGAAGCAAAAAAGUGGGUUUAUUAGUAUCGAGAAUCAACCAGUUGGAGAAUAAAUUGUUGAUAUCUACCAGAGAGGUUGCAUCUUUACAAGAACAAUUGGUGGAACAGGAUUCCGUGGCCGAAUCGAAACAAAAUGCAGUUGAUGCUAAAAGAAUCGCCGAAGUUUACGAACAUAAGAUCAAUCAAUAUAAAAAAAGAACCGUCGAACUCGAGGAUAAAGUUUUAUACUUGGAGAAGGAAUUGGAAAAUGUAUCAAAUUCCGCCUUAGAAAUGCACAAGUUGCUGGAAAAUUCGUUAGCUACUCAAGCUCAAUCUAAACUUGCUCUCGACGAAGUGGAAACAUUACGAACUUUGGCAGAAAGUCAAGAAAUUCAAAUCGAUGAGCUAAAAAGAGAAAUCAAUUCUGUCAUUACCGAAAAUGAAUGCUUGAAAGUGGACAAUGACGUGAAUAAAUCUGCCAUUAAAAAAUUGGAAAAAGAAUGCAACGCUCAAACGAAAAAGAAUGUGGAGUUGUCUGAAAAGAAUCGUAACUUGACGUUGAAGUUAGAUAAGGAACUAGAAAAUAACAGCGUAUUAGAAAGUAAUUACAAAUCGGAAAUAUACGAAUUACGUUCCAAGUUGGAAGAUGUCGAAAUGAAUUUGAAACGGUCUGAAUUCCAAGUCCAAGAAUUACAGCGAGUUGUGCUCGAGAGAGAAGACGGUGUUCAAAUCUCGAACAACGAUGUACAGUUAAAAAUACAAAUUUCUACAUUGGAGGCAAUGAAUAACGAGCUUAGUGGUCAAUUGAAUGAACAAAAAAAUGCCAGAAGAAUGCUCGAAGAUCAUGUUGGAGAUAUUACGAAAGAUUUGAACAAUUUGAAAAAAUCAUUUGAAAAUAGUGAAAAAGAACGAAAUCAAGCUAUUACGAAGUUACAAGUCUUAACGCAAUUUUUCAAAGAAAAAGAAGAACAGUUGAAAAAAGAACUCGAAUCUAAAGAUAAGCUGUCUCUAGAACGUGAGAGCAAAGAUCAGUCGCUGAGUCAGAAAUUGACUUUGAUGCGAGAAGAAAUUAGUAACUUGAAGAUUCAAAAUGAAGAGUUGAAAAAAGAAGUUUUGGAUCAAGAAGCUAGUUAUAAAGUGCAACUUGCCAAUGCAGAGCAAAAAACCAGAGAGCAUUGGUUCGCUUUGAGACAAGCCGAAAGAAAAUAUAAAGAGAGCCAGCAAGAAGCGGCAAUAUUACGGAAUAAGAUUUUAGUUAUAGAAACAAACAUGUCUAGUAUAAGUCAUAAAGCGGAUGAUAAAAAUAGCAGCGGUAUAAACGGAGAUAUUCCCGGUGUAUCUCCGGUCCUUUAUCAUCCUUCUCUAUCUCCGGAUUUGUUACCAUAUCCAUCUCCAUCGGAUUUCAUUCCACCGCCUCCAUCUCCCAUAGCUAGUCAUUCUCCGGAUUUCUUUCCUCCAGAACCUAUUUACUCUCCCGAUGAACGUCUGCCUCCUUUGGGCGGUCGUCGAGCCCCAUCACCGCCGCUGCCUAUUUCACCCGAUGAUGAUUUCGGUCCGCCACCGCCUGUGAUGAAAUUCGCUCCCGGAAGAAAUCACAACGUCGAACCUCCAAUUCCAGGUGGUUACAGUAGGAGAACACCUCCACCGAGUGGUCGGCAUAGAUCACAAUACAAGUCCAGGCCGCCAAGAAGUUCCAUUGAUUCACCUUCUUCUGGCAUGUCGUUGGAAUCUUUGGAUAAAUCAGGGAGAUGAUAUUACGUUACUGGGUAUCUGUAAAAAUGUUGCCGACCAAGACGAAUACGAGCUACUCUUUAUUGUCUUAAUUUCUUAAUUGUGAUAUGAAUUCGUUGGUAGUUUACCAGAUACGUGCAGGGCUUCGUAAUUGUAAUUGAGAAAUACAUGUUUUUAAAAAAUAUUUUACAAUACUGCAGCUUUCACUACGGUUAUAUUUUUUUUUCGUUGCGCGAAUUUAUUUAUUCAUUUUUUUUUUUUUUUAGAAAUCGACCAACACCAUACCUUUUGUAUUAUGUUUAAACUUUGCUGUUGCAGUGCAAUUUCAUACUUUAGCAUUUGUUGAGGAGAAUGUGAACUUUCGUUAAAUGUAGUUAGUAAUAGUACCUAAUACCAAUAGUUAAUAAAUUUAGCAAAAUUUUAAAAAAAAUUUCAAUACUGAAAUCAAAUUCCACUGUAUGUACAAUUUCAUCUAUUGUAGGAACUGCAAUAGUAUUGUGUAUUUAUGAUUUUUUUUAAAAAACUGUUUUGUUAUUUAUUGUUUUUGUUCUCAGCAUUAAUUUAAUAUAAUAUUUGUUAGCGUA